AUAUAUAUAAUCAUGACGGUGCAUAAAAAAAUAUAUAUUUUUUCUAUAUUGUAUGCAGAAAUUGUUAAUACAUCCGGCCAUGUGAGUACAAUAUAACAAAUAUAUAUAUAUAUAUAUAUAUAAUUUGUCCCCAUGCAACAUGGAGCAUAAAUUGAAAUUCUAUAUAAAUCUGCUAUUGAACAUCUUACAGCUCAUCAUCAAUAGCAUACUAAGAAAAUUAUCUGCUUAAUUCAGCCCCUAACUGCCUGCCAAAGAAAGAAAAAACAAUGGACUCAGAAGCUCUUCUUCCUGUCAUCGAUUUCUCAGAGCUAAAUCCGGGCACUCCUGAGUGGGACUCCGUGAGAGCCCAGGUUCAGGAAGCACUCCAAAAAUAUGGUUGCUUCGAGGCUUUGUUCAACAAAGUCCCUUCCGAGCUUCGAAAAUCCAUGUUUGGUGCAACUGAAGAAAUGUUUGAACUUCCUUUGCAAACUAAAUCAGGAAUAGUCGUUACUAAGAAUAAGCCCUUCCGUUGCUACACCGGGCAGUCAGAGAAAACACCAUGGGAGAGCAUGACUAUCGAAGAUGUACUCAGCCCCGAAAAUCUCAAAAGUUUCAUUAAUCUCUUGUGGCCAGAAGGAAACCCUAGCUUUGGCAUAGCAGUAGGGUCCUUCUCAGAGCAACUAUCUGAAUUAGAUCAUAUGAUUAGAAGGAUGGUUUUGGAGAGCAUUGGUGUUGAGAAAUACUACGAUGAACACAUGGAUUCGUCCCAACACCAUCUUCGGGUCAUGAAGUAUGUAGGUCCCGAAAAUAUGGAGAACAAGAUUAUGCUGAUACCCCACACUGAUUCGAACCUUUUGACCAUAUUGUAUCAGAUUAAUCAGGUAUGUGGGUUAGAGGUACAAAGCAAAGACGGGAAAUGGAUCAAUGUGAAAACCUCGCCGGACUCUUUCAUCGUCACGCCCGGAGAUUCUUUUCACGUGACAUGGACGAAUGGGCGUGUGCAUGCUCCAGUUCAUCGGGUUGUAAUGACUGGAAAUAAAACGAGGUACUCGAUGGGGCUGUUUUCGAUUCCAAGAGAAGGCCACAUUGUAAAAGCCCCAAACGAGCUAGUGGAUGAAGAACACCCAUUACUCUUCAAACCUUAUGAAUUUUUAGAAUAUCUCAAAUUCUUCAAAACAGAGAAAGGACAAAAGGCUUAUAAAUCUGGCAUAAAGAUUUUCUGUGGUAAUUGAGAUGGCCUGAUCGAAUCCUCUCCAUGCCAGUAAUGAUUUCUUAAUGUUCCUUACUGUUGAUGAAUUUCACCACUAUUAAUAGUGAAUUCAACUAUAAUUUUGGUGAAAUUUCACAAAUAAAGAAAUACAAACAAAUGAAAUUUCAUCAUUUUAGUAGUGAAAUUCACAAUUAAUAUUAAUGAUGAAAUUCACAUAAACAUUUAGCAGUCCGAGAGGUUUUUGAUUCAUUUGGAUUGGCAUAUGGAUGAGGAACAAAUAUAGUUUAUUUUUCUUGUACUUUAUAAAUAUGAAUAAGGUGUUUUUGUUUCUUUUA